CUUCUCUUGCCUUGACACUGACCUCAGGGAUAACCACAACCUCCCUAUUUUGCGUCCUGAUUUUAGACAUAGCUUUUGUCUGAAAUCCUGUAGAAAAUAAGUAUUGGAAGUUAGCCAUGCGCCGCCGCCGUUCUUAUCCAGAGCUCAGCGCAAAGACUAACGGAUAAUCAUGUCGGAGGAUAAGUUCUAAUGGAGACUUGUACACAUACCGGGGACAUAAAAAAAUCUCUCUUUUUUUGGUUGAGUUUUUUUUUUCUGAGGAUAUCCAAAUCAUUUCGCAGAUAUUCCCCGUCGAAAAGGAUUAUACUAUUUUUUGGGGCAUGUUGUGUGUAUUUGUUUUUCGUUGUUUCCCAAGUUGGACAUUCGUGGCCGAACCAGAAUAGAAGAUUUGCUAUACAUCAGUACAAACGCAGUCGUGGACUAUACACUCUGAGGUUCGAUGUUGCUGAACCCUCCGAAACUGCCGACUUACCAACCGGAGCCACGGGCGAAUCUUUAUUAGACCAAACCUCGUUGGUUCCGACUCGGUCCAAUGUCAUGUACAUAACAAUGAAACCAAGGCGCGUUAAACCUGCAAUUUUAAGAGGUACAGUGAGACCAAAACUAAGGCGCAAAGCCAAGAGAAUCAAACCAAAUGAGGGGUUUACGCAAAAGAAAAUUGAGACAUUGGAGAGGGAGGAUUGGAACCUAAAGCGCACGAAUGGACUCAAAAUAUAUUGGAAACAAAUUAAUACCAUAAAUAAUGCAACACAUAAUGUAAGAUCUAAAGUAAAAAUGGAAACAGAACCUCACGCCAGUGCUAUCCGAAUAUACAGUGAGACGGCACCGCCGUGGUUCAGCAAAGAGGACAUCAGCGCCAUGCUCUUUCUUGCUGAUGGUAAAGUUACGCGCAUUCAUGAGGUUUCCCAAAAAGAUUCUAACCCCUUCCUGCUGUUUGAAAGCACAAUAAAUGGGUCGUUGUUCCUCUCUGACAAAGAUAACAUCAAUGACAAUAAAUUAUGUCGAGGACGAUGUGGAGUAAUCAAAAGUCCCUUGGACACGAGCGAGGUUUUCGCUUUCCAUUUGGAUAGGGUCCUGGGACUGAAUCGGAGCGUGCCAGCGGUUAGCAGGACGUUUCCGUUUGUACAAGAUGGACAGCCCUGUCCGGUGUUGCUUUGGGAGGGUUUUCUUUCACCAGGGGACAAUGCAGAGAGCCGAUCAACUGUGAAGAUGACGUGGGGGGAGUACCAGAACUCCCUCAAACAGAGGUGCUGGCACAAGAACGUAACACCAAAGCCUCACUCGGGCUGCUCCAGCGUACACCAUUAUGAGUGGAGCAAACUGUCCCUGUUUGAUUUUCUGUUGCAGAUAUACACCCGGCUGGACCGGAACUGCUGUGGGUUCAGGCCUCGUCAGGAGGAUGUCUGUGUCGAGCGGGGCCACCACCAGGAGUGUGGUGACAAGGACAGUGUGGAGCUGGCCAACAUCAUUCGGAGGGUUCAUGACCCCAGGCACUUAGUAUUCACUGACAACAAGGGAUUUUUUGACCGUGGCGAGGACAACCUGGACUACAAACUACUGGAGGGAAUCAAAGAGUUCCCAGAGCAGGCAGUGAAGGUGUUGAAGAGCCAGAGACUGAGGGAGAGGCUCCUCCAGUCACUAUUCCUCGACAAGCUGUAUUGGGAGAGCCAGGGAGGUAGGCGGGGCAUUGAGAAGCUAAUUGAUGUCAUUGAGAGGCGGGCCCAGGUUUUCCUUACAUACAUCAAUGCCCACGGCAUCAAAGUGGUGCCCAUGAACGUAUGACAUACAAGCACAGAAAAUUGACUGUAUUGUUAACAAUAUAUUAGUGAGUGUUUUGAGUAGAGAGUAUGAGUAUUGUGUUGUAGAACUAUAUACACUUGGACACCCACAGUUUUAAUUCCAGCCUAGAGAAGAGAUUUUCUCAAGAAGUCUGACAGAUUGAGGUGCUGCAUUUUCGUGUCCGUAUGUUGUGCUAAGAUGAGGAUGUUCUACAUUGCAUUGGACAUGGCAUUUGAUCUUCCACAAACACCUGGCCUGUAUAUUUUUACUUUCCAAAAGCUUACAAAUAUUUCAUUCCUUAAAUCCAAAUGUUUGCCAGUGAAAUAACUACCAAAGAAAAGGCCUCAGUUGAACUUGAAGAGUGUUGUGUGUGUUUUAUAUAAAGUAUUCAGGAAAUUCCUUGUGUAUGAUUAGUUUGGUAACGGUGCCAAAAAUGUGUAACUGGAUGUUAAGCAUUUAUAAAUCCUCUGAAGGAUCAAGCACAAGUCUCCAACUUUAAGUAGAAAAAAUAACUGUUAGCAUUAAUUAUACUUACUGGUUGCAUUUCAUUCAAUAACACAACAGUCUUACUCUUUCAAGUUGUUUUGUUACAUUCAAAAUUGUAUAGUACUUACUCAUUUACUUUAUAAAUGGAUUUUCUCCAAUACACUAAACAAAUAUAUGCUGCAUUUCUUUGGACCAUAAUCAUUUACAAUUGUAUGUACUGCUUCUCUACCUUCACCUUUUUGAUGGUUUCUACCUGCCAUAACAAAAAUACAUUUGUUUGAAAUUAUUUUAAGUUGAGUGUUUCAUUUGUACUGUUAAAGGUGUUCAUCCAUUCAUUCUGUUUAUUUAUUUUUAUAUCAUUUCCAGUGUUGAUAAGAAGAAAUAAGUAUUUUAUAAAAAUAAAAGUACUUUAGCUUGAAAUACAUCUGACUUUGCCCUGUGUAUAAACAGACAUUUUAUUAUAAACACAUUUGCAUAAAAUAUACUGAAGGCAAUCCCAUUUCUAUAAUUUUGACCAUCUGAGCAACAGUAGAAUGUGCCUUAAACAUGUCAGUCAAAUCAUAGCCAGAAAUAGUUUGUGCCGAUGAAACUUGAGCAAAAGCUCUGUCCGUUAGGCUGCUGUAAACAUGUUCCUAUGAGAGGACAUAGAAUCUUUGGAGUACACAAAGCUUUGUGCAGUCUUUUUUAGUGCCAGGAGUAAUAGUGUUUGUUGUUGUAACCCCUUUGAUUCCCCCUGGUGAAACAUGCCUCAGUGUGUGUUAGUCUUGGUAAGGCCCCACUGUUUCCCAUGCCAGUUUUGCUGAGUCAGACUUUCUUUCCUCUCAGAAUCACACACAUACUACACCUCUACUGAUGGGUUUCCCCUGCUGACAAAGAUCUAAUUUAGAGCGAGAAGUCCUCUAGUGAAUGGCUUGUAUAGUGGACAGGUCUCACAUCAUCAGGUGCCGGGUGAACUAGACAUAAUUAAAACUAACAAUAAUAAAACAACGACGAGCCCCAUCCAUUUCUGUUGAACCGGUUGACCUAUGUUCCGGAUCUGCUCAGCUCAUUGCUCCUUGUUCUGUGUGGUUUCAGCACAGGUAGUGAUUUGCAGUUUGUCAUUUAUUUGCCAUUCAUGCACAGGAAAAACAGACUAUCAUUCCUGCCACAAAAAGAAACAGACAUGUUUAGGAGGAAUUAUGUUUGAAUAUUUAAUGUAUUUGAUAGACACAGCUUUAUCCAAUUGUCCCUGUAUCCACUAGCUUCCCUGACUAGAUUCAGGUAGCUCAUUUUUCACUUGUCAAGACCCACGCCAUAAUGUCCGACAGGCAUAUGUUUCCAUUGCGUUUGAUAUUCGUUUAAUCACAAUCAACAACCUGAUCAACUCUAUGCGAAGGAGAUGUGUGGCACUGCGUGAGGCAAAUGGUGG